AAGAAGAAAAGAGGAGGCGGGGCAAAAGUGGAAACAUCAUGGCGGGAUGCAUGAAAAUGAUAAACUGUUACGAACCAGCUGUCAUUAAAUUGUUACUUUUCACUGCAAUUUUUAUGUGUUUACCUCCGCCCUCACACCAGACUUCUAGUAACACACCUCCAAUAACUGAUCUGCAAGAUGGAGAGGACUACAUCAUGUCAGGGUCUAACCGGUUCUGCUACAAGAACUCAGUAGUGCCGACCUGGAGGCAAACUUGGACAAGAAUUCAGGUGAAAGUUUGGAGUUCCAAAGUAUUUAAGGUAGAAACUGUGGAAGGUGAGGAGGAACUGCAGGAGCUGGAGCGCUUCACUUUCUGGAGCUGGUUUCAGAGUUUAUUACGCGAACAACACAAUGAAACGACCAUUAACAUCAACCUGUUCAGCAAAAAGACCUGCUUCAAGAUCGACCCCACCGCAAACACCAAGUACACCGUCAAACCGGUUCGCAAGUUUGAUAUCUACCUAUUUUUGGUGUUCCUCUCUGGGGCGCUGUUGUUUGUCUUUGCAGACUCUCUGAGCAGGAGUCCAGCUUUCUUCUACUCUGCUGGGAUGAGUACAGGCAUGAUCGCCUCUCUCGUCAUUCUUGUCUUCAUCCUGGCACGCUUUAUGCCAAAGAAAAGCCCAUUUUAUAUGGUUGUAGUUGGCGGCUGGUCAUUCUGUCUUUACGCCACCCAGCUUGUCUUCAGGAACCUCAAAGUAAUUCUGCGAGAGCACUGGCACAUGGCAUUAGGUUAUGUAACUGUGGUGGGCUUCGUCAGUUUUGCUGUUUGUUAUCGGUACGGCCCUCUGGUGGACGAGAAAAGCAUCAACAUCCUGUCGUGGACGCUGCAGCUGUUCGGUCUCCUUCUGAUUUACUUGGGAAUGCAGAUUCAGCAAGUUGCCUUGGCUGUCAUUGUGGCAGCUUUGUUCUCCAAAAACCUGGAGUACCCGGUGUCUCUGGCAGUCGCAGCGUGGAGGAAAAUAAUGCGGCGUAUUUACUGGAAGCCAUUACCUCGUCGCCUGCUGACUGAGGAGGAGUAUCAGAAGGAGGGAGAGGAAGAAACUCAGCGGGCUCUGGAGGAGCUGAGGAAAUACUGCAACAGUCCAGAGUUCAGCCCCUGGAGGGCAGUGUCCAGGCUCCAGUCCCCAAAAAGGUUUGCUGAUUUUAUCGAAGGGUCGCCUCACUUGAUGCCAAAUGAAGUCUCUGUCCACGCGCAGGAAUACGGCCUGGCUGGACUUUGGUUCGACGACGAGUCUUUCGACACUGAUGAUGAGCAAGAUGAUGACAAGCCUUCAGUGAAGCAAGAGUGAGAUGACAGAACGAGUCGACUCCAAACCAACGUUAUUACUGCCUUUCAGAAAGGUGAUGGAUUAUCCUCGGGGCCGUCUGAACCAAAGUUCAGGAUUAAUGUGGAAACUUGAUAA